AUGGCGGAGACGGGAGAGAACUGGUUCCUCAUUAUCGUGACCAUCGUAGUCACUUGUCUCUGUCUCCUCUCGAAUAUCUAUCUCCUGGCGCACUACCAGCAUCCAGACGACAAGCUCGACGGCUGGGGCUCGAAAGUCAUCGUCGUCCUGGCGCUCACCUCGGCCGCCCUCACCGUCCUCAUGUUCCCGCUCGACGUCGGGAACCGGCAGGCGUGCGACGACUCGCUCGAAAUCAGCGCCUGCAACUUCUCGAUGCCCAUGCGCGAGCUCUGGUACUUCAUGUGGUGCUUCAUCGCAAUACUGGCUUUCGUGGUCAUUCCCUUUGCGCUCUUUUUCUACGAGUCCGACACCGCCGCGUCCUUCUACUCACGGUGCCUCUCCGCGCUCUUCUACGAGACGGGCCUCCUCGUCAUCCUCGGCCUGUGCAUCCUCCUGCCCUACGGCAUCGUGGGCUUCAUGGAGUUUGACGUGCAGUCGGUGACGUCGGGGCUGGUGUCGCUGGACCGCGCGCUCACGCACUCCAACUCCAGCGGGGACGCGUGCAUCUUCCCCACCGUCGACGACACCGACCCCGCCGCCUCCGCCGCCGCCGGACAGUUCGGGGGCGACCUCUGCGACGGCCUCACGGGCGACACGGUGUCGGCCAAGUGGAAGAUGCGCGCGACGUUCCCGGUCUUCCUCGUCGGCGUCGCGUCGAUCAUCGGCUGGAUCCUCUUUUCCAUCUUUGGCGCCGUCGGGGUUGUUACACUGCCCUGGGACUGGGUCCGCGGGUUCCUGAACCGCCCGCGCAAGGUCAUCACGAAGUCGGACUACAUCCACCGCUGCCGCCACAUCGCGCAGCGGUCCCGCGACGUCCAGGACGCCGCCAAGCGGCUCAAGGACCAGGAGCGCGCCGGCGGGCGCGGCCGCAAGUGGCGCCGCGAGGUGCAGCGGCUCGGCGCGCAGCUCCUCGAGAUCGAGGAGGAGGAGCAGUGGCUCCUCGAGGCGUACCCACAGGGCGAGGACCCAGCCGCGAAGUGGACGAUCAUUGUCGUGUUUCAUUGGGCGCGGCUGGUCGGCGGGUGCGUGGGCGCGCUGUGGAGCGUCUUCUGGCUCCUGCACAUCAUCCUCUACGUGCUCGUGAAGCCCGCGGCGCACCCGUUCCUGAACGACCUCUUCACGGGCCUCGACGACGCGUUCCCGCUCUUCGGGACGGCGGCGUUUGGGUUCUUCUGCCUCUACAUGGUCAUGGUGACGAUGCACGGGAUGUUCAAGAUGGGCCUCUGGAUCGGCUUCAUGACGAUCCACCCCAUGCGCGCGCACAACACGUUCAUGGGGUCGUUCCUGUUCAACUGCGUGCUGGUCCUGCUGACAGUGGUGGCGAUCACGCAGUUCUGCGCCCGGGCGUUCGCGGUCUACGCCGAGGGCACCGAGGUGCACACGAUGUUCGAGACGGACGUCAAGCACCUGAUCGGGUUCAAGCCGCUGUAUGACGGCGAUGUCUUCAUGUAUGUCUUCGUCGUGGUGGUCUUCCUGAGCCUGUGCUACCAGUCGUGCACGGGGUGCCGGCAGAAGCCGCAGAAGAAGGCGCGCAUCAACCUGAACGACCGCGUGUAG